AGGAUAUAUAUUUUACGAUAUUUACCACAGAACUCAUCAUCACCAUGCCACUUUAGUUAAUCAUAUUGACAGGUGUGAUCUGAUAAUCGUCGUGACGAGAAUUACUGGAUUACUACUAUUUAUAUUGCGUGACGCACAUUUUUAAUAAACCACAUCAAAUUAGGAUUAGUUGAGUUCGUGCCAGUAAUUAACCUAAGAAAUGAAUCGGUGUGAACGUAAAGAAGGUGGUAAGCGUGGUCGGAAGCCUGGUAGGAAAUCAAGUGACAAAAUUGAUGUGAAAGCAAAAUUAGAGCGAAGCAGACAAAGUGCAAGAGAAUGUAGAGCAAGGAAAAAAUUAAGAUACCAGUACUUAGAAGAACUUGUGGCUGACCGGGAAAAGGCUGUUCUUGCACUGCGGAAGGAACUUGAAAAGUAUAGAUCGUGGGGAAAGGAACUAGAUGAAGGCCGUAUGCCAGAGGGCAUGCAGGUACUUCUGGAGGAAAUUGGAGCUGUGAAACAAGAAAAGUGUUGAACUUCAGUAUGGACACAAUUUUGAAUAUUGUGUAUCUUUUUUGUACAUAUAAAUGCAUGAUUGAGAAUUUUUAUGUGAAAAUUAUAUAAAUGUGGUUUUCAGUUUUUGAAUGUUGAUGUGUUCUGUACAUAUUGUUGUGUAAAUCUGUCCACUGUACUCAAAAGGAUGUUAAUGUGUAAAGAUAUAUGUAACAUGAUAGAGCAUAUUAUCUACAGAAAAAUAACCAACUUUUCUGCUUGAUUCUUUUUUGGAAGAUAAAAAAAGAUGGCCAAGAAAGUGUCUUGGAUAUUAAUAUUUUUUGUAAACUUUUGAUGUAUUAACCAGGGAACAAAGAGCUGUUGUUGCCUUACAUUGUCACAUGUUCUCCUACAGCAAAAAACUCUCUCUCUCUCUCUCUCUCUCUCUCUCUCUCUCUCUCUCUCUCUCUCUCUCUGUGUGUGUGUGUGUGUGUGUGUGUGUGUGUGUGUGUGUGUGUGUGUGUGUGUGUGUGUGUGUGUGUGUGUGUGUGUUUUGUUUUGCUUGGAGAAAAUAAAUGUGCAUCAUAUUACUGUGCAGAUAGUCAAAGUAACUGUAAAAAUAUGUCAUGAAAAUACAUUCCUUUUGAUUGGAAUACACUGAACUGGCUUUGGCAAAUUAAUAUAUAUGUCCGUUUAAUCAGGUAUUGUGCCUUGUUUGUCAUUCAAUACACCUUGAUUCCUCAGUGACAGCUAAUGGGCUUACUUACUGUUCCUUGAAAAGAAACUUUUAAAUGUAGGCUUAAGUGCUUUACCAAUAAAGAACAGAACAGCUAAAAAA